AUGUAUAACUCAUUUUUCAGUUCAAGCACAAGUGAGCAAAGAUGGGUGGAUCAAUUCAACAAGCAUUUCAUCAUAUAUAUUGGCAACAGACCUUCCAUCUUUAGAGUCCCCAGCAAAGUAUUGGAGACAAAGCCAGAAGCCUAUGUCCCUCGGCAAUUAGGCUUAGGAGCAUAUCAUCAUUUUCGGCCCGAGCUCGAUGAUGACAUGGAGAGCAAAAAGCUUGAGCAGAUCAAGAAAUUCUUGAAGCCUGAGCAGUACAACAAUUUCAAAAACUUAAUUGUCGAUGAGGUGAAAGAACUCGAGCAGCCUAUACGCGCAUGCUACAACAAUUACGUGGAUCUUGAUCGCGAUACUUUGGCUUGGAUCAUGGCUAUUGAUGGUACAUACUUACUUUACCUGUUAAGCACUUCUAAAUCUAUUAACAGGCGUUUAUCUGAUGAUGUACUGAAGCUUGAGAAUCAAAUCCCGGCAAUUGUGUUGAAGAAAAUCAACAAUGUUUUACGUGUAACUAAAGGCGAUGAGAUCAACUCGAGUAAACCAUUGUUUUCAGAGUUUCACAACUUCUACAAUACACAAUCUCCCCUUGAAUUGUGCAGUGAAAGUCAGAUUGACCUUGAUCAUGCCACUAGUAAUCAUCUUUUAGAUUCUUUGUAUCAGUUGACAAUGAAGAAUUGGAAUUUGCCUGAUUUUGUAUUUAGCCCAAGUAAAAACACACAAGAAAAUGCUGGAUCAUCAGCAAUUCAGUUAUCUUUGGGGCAAAGUGGAAACCAACCAUUGAAUCCUUCUCAGAGCUCGACCACAACCAUAGGCCUUACGGAGUCAUUGAUCCCCACUGACGAAGAACCCAAUCAAUUACUUCAGCAAGCUGCAACUCUCUUAGCUAAUUUAACAGGGCAAAAGCCCCUUAUGCUGAUGGCAAAGUUGCCACUGCACGAGGGAAUGGAGCUUUUCAAUCUUUUCAAGAAGGUUAUCCCAGUUAACACUGUGGAGGAAAUCAAAAUUCCUUCAGUGACACAACUACAUCAAAUUACCAGAAUAGACUUCCGAAAAUGGACACAGCAGGGCAUUGGAAUUAAGUACAAUGAGGGUGAAAACGUACUUUACCUACCCAUCAUGAAGUUGAACACUAAUUCAGAAGUGAUUUUGAGAAAUCUCAAGGCCUAUGAAGAAGCCUCAGCCAGCCCUGGUUCAAGUAUCAAAUUUUCAGAAUAUUUGGAUUUUAUGUGUGGCAUAAUUGAUACUGCUAAGGAUGUGAAAUUUUUGAAGGAAAGGGCAAUUAUAGAUAGCAAAAUGGGAAAUCAAGAAAUUGCUGAUUUAUUUAAUGGGAUACAAAAAUCCAGUAGGUCAGAUGAGCAGAAGGAUGGAAUAGAAUUGACCAUUGAUGAAUUGAAUAGAGGAUAUGAUGAUUCAUUCAGGAUCAAAAUUUGGACUUUUCUGAGGCAACAUUUUAGACCAUCAGAAGUUUGUGUCAGAAUUUUUCUUUACGUAUUAAUAGUGGUGCUGCUAGCUUUUCAAGCUUUUUGCGAUGUCUAUGGCUGCAGUUCUCGCUGGUUUGGCAAGAAGUCAUAG